GACACGACAGCUUUAUCCAAACGUGACAGACUGAAAACUUAUGUAAAUUUAAGAACUUCAUAACUAGAUAUAAAUGCUAUGUUUACGAUAAUUUAAUCAUUUACCGGAGAGGUUUGGAACAAAGCGAUCUCACAAUGAAUUUCUUGACGAUAGCAACAUGUUUUAUGUGGACAAGUCAGCUUGUUAUUGGAUUGCCGCAUGUCUUAGAAGUAGAACCCGCCAACGAUGAGCCAGCAUUCUGUCACAAACUUGAUUGCCCUAAAUUCAGUGUCAUUGAAACUUUCAAGACAUACGAACUGAGGAAGUAUAUGCCUUCAAUGUGGGUGGCAACUAACUUAACAAAAAUGGACUUCAGCGACAAAGACCAGAAAGAUUUAUUUGACAAACUGUUUUACUACAUAUCUGGAAACAAUACUGCACACAUGAAAAUACCAAUGACGGCGCCUGUUGUUAACACAGUUGUGCAUGGACAAGGCCCAGACUGUGAGAGCACGUUCACGUGUCACUUUAUGAUACCUUUUGACCUUCAGAAAGCUCCUCCAAAACCCACUGCAAAAGAUGUUUACAUCACCACCUUACCAGAAAUGUCUGUGUAUGUCAGGGUAUUUGGAGGAUAUACAAAUGGCACGACGGUACAAAACAAUAUUCUAGAGCUGUCUGAAGAUAUAAAUGAUUCUAGCAAGUACAUUACGAACCCUUACUAUUACGCCGGAUAUGAUAAUCCCUACCAAGUCCUUGACAGACAUAACGAGGUCUGGCUCCGAGCAAAAUAAUCAACAUAUUGACCAAUGAAUCUUUGUAAAUGUAUA